GCCAGGAGGCCGUUCGCCGUCGCCGCUCGCCUCGCCGCUCGGGAAGGGGCUGGCUGCGCAAGGUAAAGCAUGGCUGCCAAGGUGGCUCUAACCAAGAGAGCUGAUCCAGCUGAACUGAAAACAAUAUUUUUGAAGUAUGCAAGCGUUGAAAAAAAUGGUGAAUUUUACAUGUCUCCUAAUGACUUUGUCACACGUUACCUGAAGAUAAUAGGGGAUGGAGUACCCAAUCCCAGCACAGUCCAGCUGCUCGGAGGUGUCGUGGAUCAGACUAAAGAUGGGUUGAUAUCCUUUCAAGAAUUUGUAGCUUUUGAAUCUGUCCUCUGCGCUCCAGAUGCGCUGUUCAUGGUGGCGUUUCAGCUUUUUGACAAAACUGGCAAAGGAGAAGUAACUUUUGAGGAUGUUAAACAGGUUUUUGGCCAGACCACAAUUCAUCAGCAUAUUCCCUUUAACUGGAAUUCAGAAUUUGUGCAGCUCCAUUUCGGAAGAGAUCGGAAAAGACGCCUAACGUAUGCAGAGUUCACCCAGUUCUUACUGGAAAUUCAGUUGGAACAUGCGAAACAAGCAUUCGUACAGCGAGAUAAUGCUCAAGCUGGAAGAGUCACUGCCAUUGAUUUCAGAGACAUUAUGGUCACUAUCCGGCCUCACAUGCUGACACCUUUUGUUGAAGAAUGCCUAGUAGCUGCUGCUGGAGGUACCACUUCUCAUCAAGUCAGCUUUUCCUAUUUUAAUGGCUUUAAUACCCUUCUUAAUAACAUGGAACUCAUUAGAAAAAUCUAUAGCACGCUGGCUGGAAAUAGAAAAGAUGUGGAAGUCACUAAAGAGGAGUUUGUUCUGGCAGCUCAGAAAUUUGGCCAGGUUACACCCAUGGAAGUUGACAUCUUGUUCCAGUUAGCAGAUUUAUAUGAGCCACGGGGGCGCAUGACAUUAGCAGAUAUUGAAAGAAUUGCUCCUCUGGAGGAGGGAACAUUGCCAUACAACCUGGCAGAGGCUCAAAGACAGCAAGCUCCUGGUGAACUGUCUCGGCCUGUUCUCAUCCAGAUAGCAGAAUCUGCCUACAGAUUUGCUCUUGGUUCCAUUGCUGGAGCUGUUGGGGCCACAGCGGUAUAUCCGAUUGAUCUUGUGAAAACCAGAAUGCAGAAUCAACGCUCCACUGGAUCCUUUGUGGGGGAGCUGAUGUACAAGAACAGCUUUGAUUGUUUUAAGAAAGUGCUGCGCUAUGAAGGAUUCUUUGGGCUCUACAGAGGUCUUUUGCCACAGUUAUUGGGAGUAGCCCCAGAGAAGGCGAUAAAGCUUACUGUAAAUGAUUUUGUGAGAGACAAAUUUAUGAACAGAGAUGGGUCUGUUCCUUUAGCAGCGGAAAUUCUUGCCGGAGGCUGUGCAGGAGCAUCUCAAGUGAUUUUCACAAACCCAUUAGAAAUCGUCAAGAUUCGAUUGCAAGUGGCUGGAGAGAUCACCACGGGCCCACGUGUUAGUGCCCUCACAGUAUUGCGUGACCUGGGAUUUUUUGGCCUGUACAAGGGAGCCAAGGCCUGCUUUCUCCGUGACAUCCCCUUCUCUGCCAUUUACUUCCCCUGUUAUGCUCACAUGAAAUCUUGGUUUGCAAGUGAAGAUGGACGGGUGGGCCCUGGCUAUUUGCUUCUAGCUGGAGCAAUAGCUGGCAUGCCUGCAGCUUCCUUAGUGACUCCUGCAGAUGUCAUCAAGACAAGAUUACAGGUGGCAGCCCGUGCAGGACAAACAACCUACAGUGGAGUUAUAGAUUGCUUUGGCAAGAUCCUACGAGAGGAAGGACCGCGAGCUUUUUGGAAAGGGGCUGCGGCUCGUGUAUUUCGCUCCUCCCCUCAAUUUGGGGUCACCUUGGUCACCUAUGAGCUACUGCAGAGAUGGUUUUAUGUCGAUUUUGGAGGAGUAAAACCAGCAGGAUCUGAACCUGUUCUGAAAUCAAGGAUUACUCUACCUGCACCUAACCCUGACCAUGUAGGAGGCUACAAACUGGCUGUUGCCACGUUUGCAGGAAUUGAAAAUAAAUUUGGACUUUACUUACCUCGAUUUAAGCCCUCACCAUCUACCUCACGGGCAACGUCUGUAGCUGGAUCCUAACCUCCCUUUUACCAAAAGCAGUGGGGAGCCAUUUGUCUAAUCAGUCUUAAUAUUUCGUACUGUUCGCUUUUCCAUCUCAACUGAGAUCAUCUGAGUAGCAACUCUUUCCUCUUCCACUUUUGGUGUAAAUAUAGGUCUUUUUGCUUCUUCUAUCAGAUCACUGUGAAAUUCUUGCUAAAGUAGUCUUUCUCUUCCUUUUUUUCCCAGUUUGGGCCCAUGAAUGUAAUUUUUUUUUUUACUUGAAUAUACCUUGGAUCAUGAAUGCACUUAAUGCUAGUGCAGGAGAGGCAUUUGUGUGUAAUUUUUUCCACCUUGGGAAGCUUGGUGGUGGACGGACAGGGAGAGUUGUGAAACAUGAUCACUCAGAUGUGAUGCCAUUGUGGCUGCAUAUUGAGUAUUGUGCAGUGUCAUUUAAAUAUUUUUCAACAGAGAUCAUGGUGCUAGAUGCAGAAUGAUUUAGACCGUGAGUGUGAAUUGGCUACACCAUUCCGUCUGUUGUCUGUACUGUAGGCUUCAUGAAUACGAGAAGUUUCUGCCUCUGCCAGUGUUGCUGCAUUCAACAUAUGUAUACACGCACAAGCUCAAUUCCUGGAUUGUAUUAUGAGGCUUUUAUGGGGAACAUGUUCUUGUAACGGGAACCAGAUUGACAAAUGUUUAGCAAUUAAAUUCUGUUUCUGGGAUCAGAAUGUUUUGGGGGUGGGAGGAAGCAGAAGUAUCUUUUUUCCAUAGGCUGUGCACUUUAUGGAAUCAUUCUGGAGCAUUUCAUUACAUACACAGUGAUAUUUGGAAACAAAGGUCACAAUCCAUCGAGCGACGUAGCUGUACACUCUCCAUUCUUUACCAGUACUGUGUGCUCUGGGGCUCAUGGAUGAGCCCUGUUUAAGCAAAUGGAGAAUGUAUCAAUGGGGCCUAGUCUGAACCUGCUGAUAUUUGGAAUCUUCUUUUGUGUUACACACUUAGAAUAAUUGCUGCUUGUUUAAAUAAAUGCAAUAGAGAAAUCCGUGCACUAGAUCAAUGUUAUCUGCCUUAACUGCCAGCUUGUAAUUGGGAAAAAAUGGUGUGAAAAUUCUUAUUCACUUUGUUGAAUUAAAAAGAUUUUUUUUAAAAAAAAUAA